AUGAUAAGGGGCAGACGCGAGCCAAUACAUGUGGGGGACAAAGACAAAAAAAAAUUGAGGACACACAAAGCAAUCACUUCUACUUCUACAGUCUACUAAAAAGCUCAGUUCCCUUUUCCUUCCACCAUUUCUCUCAAUCAUGAACAAUCCAGCGGCAGAGUUGCUCCAAGCUCAAACCCACAUCUACAACCACGUCUUCAGCUUCAUCAACUCAAUGGCGCUCAAGUCGGCCGUCGAGCUCGGAAUUCCCGACGCCAUCCACACCCACGGCAACAACAGACCCAUGCCUCUCACCGAACUCGCGGCUGCCCUCGGAAUCGAACCGGAGAGGAAGACCUACCUGCACCGCCUGAUGCGCCUUCUCGUCCACUCGGGCUUCUUCUUCGCCGUCGGCGAAGAAGAACCGGCGUAUGCGUUAACGCCUUCUUCAAAGUUGCUUGUGAAGGACAACCCGAACUGCCUGUCGUCGUUUGUGAAGCUGGUGCCACGGCCCGAGUACGUGACGCCAUGCUACGUGGUGGGAGGUUGGAUUAAGGGCGGCGGAGACAAACGUGCAGCCGAGAUUUCGUUUAAGGGCAAAUGCGCAAGGAGGUGGGGGUGGGCUGAAAGACAUAUGAUAUGAUACUAAGAAUUUGGAAUUGACCUUUGGUCCAAAAUGGGAAUAAGGACAACAAAGUAUAAUUAUUACAUACUCAGAAGAAGAUGCUACGGCUGAAAAAAUCACAGUCGUAGACACGGAGACGUCGCCUUCUUGAAUCAUCGGUAGAGACGCGUCGGAGUCUCGGAGAGUUGGAAUCGUCAUCGUGCCGAUGCAGCCCACCGGUACCUGCUGUGGUCGUACAGUCGUCGCUGGAGGAGGGAUUUGAGUCAGCGUUCUUGGGACGUCGUGGGAGGCUCAUCGCUUCACCAAGGUGGAUACGAUUGCUCUAUGGCGGAUAGCCAGACCAAGGUGGUGGUGCCAACAACAACUCAUCCCGGCAAGAAGGUGGAGAUGCUACGGCGUCGUCGUCGGCAUUCGAGAGAGCAUACGGGAUGCCGUUUUGGGAGUACACGGAUCGAAACGCGGGAUUCAACGCCCUCUUCAACGACGCCAUGGCUGAGGAUUCAGGGAUGAUGAACUUGGUCGUGGGAGAUUGCUGCGGGGCGGUUUUUCGAGGAGUCGAGUCGCUCGUUGAUGUUGGCGGAGGGACGGGGACAUUCGCCCGGAUUAUAGUGGCGGCGUUCCCCGGUAUUCGGUGUAAGGUUCUGGAGCUCCCUCAGGUCAUCGGUCGCCUGGCGUCGGGGAGGAAUUCUUCUGGGAAGUUGGAGUUUGUUGAAGGGGAUAUGUUUCAGUGUGUCCCUUCAGCGGGAGCCGUGUUGCUGAGGAUGAUUUUACACGACUGGAAGGAUGAAGAGUGUGUUAAAAUCCUGAAGAAAUGCAAGGAUGCCAUUUCGAGCAAAGGGGAGGGAGGAAAGGUGAUAAUAAUCGACAUUGUGAUGGAUGAGAAGAAGGAGGUGGAUCAUGAAUUGGUUCAAACAAAGUUGAAUUUUGACAUGGUGAUGAUGUUUAUGCUUAAUGGAAAGGAGAGGACUGAAAAGGAAUGGGAGAGGCUGUUCUUAGAAGCUGGUUUCCAACGCUACAAGAUCACUCAUUUGUUUGGUUUUAGGUCACUAAUUGAGGUUUUCCCUUAGGAUGAAACCACAUUGAUGCUACUGUUUGGUAACCUAAUCUUCGAUUAAUAUUACGAAUUGUAAUAGCUGUAUCUCCAACUAUACUGAACAUCGAGAAUGAGCAAAUAUACUACCGUAAUGGAUGAACACAUAACGAACAUUGACGAUUUUGGAUAGGUAGUAUUGUCAUAGGCAAUAGUGGC